GGGCGCGCGGCGACCGUUGGAGUAAAUUUCGAUGGAUUAAUAAAAUGGGCUCAGUGUGCGGCAGAAGCUGUGGUCCAUCAGCCAAAAAGUGCUUCUCCCAGGGCUUGGCGGUUCGCGGGCCGCGGCGCUCAUGGCUGCAGCCAGCGUGACCCCUCCCGGCUCCCUCGACCUGCUGCAGCCUGGCUUCUCAAAGGCCCUCCUGGGGACCAGGCUGGAGGACAAGUACCUGUGCUCGGCCUGCAAGAACGUCCUGCGCAGGCCCUUCCAGGCGCAGUGCGGCCACCGCUACUGCUCCUGCUGCCUGACCAGCAUCCUGAGCUCCGGGCCCCAGAACUGCGCUGCCUGCGUGCACGAGGGCAUAUACGAGGACGGCGUCUCUAUCCUGGAGAGCAGCUCGGCCUUCCCAGACAAUGCCGCCCGCAGGGAGGUGGAGAGCCUGCCGGCCGUCUGUCCCAGCGACGGCUGCACCUGGAAGGGGACCCUGAAAGAAUACGAGAGCUGCCAUGAGGGCCACUGCCCAUUCAUGCUGACCGAGUGCCCAGCGUGCAAGGGCCUGGUCCGCCUCGGCGAGAAGGAGCAGCACCUGGAGCACGAGUGUCCGGAGAGGAGCCUCACCUGCAGGCACUGCAGGGCGCCCUGCUGCUCGGCUGACGUGAGGGCUCACCACCAGGUCUGCCCCAAGUUCCCCUUGACCUGCGAUGGCUGCGGCAAAAAGAAGAUCUCGCGUGAGAGAUUUCAGGACCACGUCAGGACAUGUGGCAAAUGCCGGGUCCCAUGCAGAUUCCACGCUAUUGGCUGCCCCGAGAUGGUGGAGGGCGAACAGCAGCAGGAGCAUGAGGCGCAGCAUCUCCGUGAGCACCUGGCCAUGCUGCUGGGCGCCCUCCUGGAGGCCGGGCCCCGCCCCGGAAACGGCCGCCCCCUCCUCGGCCAGGGCGAGCCGGGUGGCUGGGACGCCAUCACGCUGGGCCCGGGGAUGGGGCUCUCCGCGGCCGCAGAGCUACUGCAGAGGUGCGAGGCCCUGGAGCGUAAGACGGCCACCUUUGAGAACAUUGUCUGCGUGCUGAACCGGGAGGUGGAGAGGGUGGCCGUGACCGCCGAGGCCUGUGGCCGGCAGCACCGGCUGGACCAGGACCGGAUCGAAGCCCUGAGUAACAAGGUGCAGCAGCUCGAGAGGAGCAUUGGCCUGAAGGACCUGGCGAUGGCCGACCUGGAGCAGAAGGUCCACGAGAUGGAGGCGUCCACCUUCGAUGGAGUGUUCAUCUGGAAGAUCUCUGACUUCGCCAGGAAGCGCCAGGAAGCUGUGGCGGGCCGCACGCCUGCUAUCUUCUCCCCAGCCUUCUACACGAGCAGGUACGGCUACAAGAUGUGCCUGCGCGCCUACCUGAACGGGGACGGCACGGGGCGCGGGACGCACCUGUCUCUCUUCUUCGUGCUGAUGAAGGGCCCCAACGACGCUCUCCUGCGGUGGCCCUUCAACCAGAAGGUCACUCUGAUGCUGCUCGACCAGAACAACCGGGAGCACGUGAUCGAUGCCUUCAGGCCCGACGUGACCUCGUCCUCUUUCCAGAGGCCGGUCAGUGACAUGAACAUCGCUAGCGGCUGCCCGCUCUUCUGCCCCGUCUCCAAGAUGGAGGCCAAGAGCUCCUACGUGCGUGACGACGCCAUCUUCAUCAAGGCCAUCGUGGACCUGACGGGGCUGUAGCCACUUCCCCUGCUCGGGGCCAUGGCUCAGGAAGGGGCCAAUGCGCUGGGCCCGCGCCUCACUGUGGGCGGGCGGGCGGGCGGGCGCCCGCCGAGUUCACGUCCUCCUGGGAAGGGGCUGCCUCCCGGGAGAGGGCCCAGCCCCGGGCUGCGGGAGGCGGGCCGAGGGCCAGCGUGCGCCUCCGGCGGGCGGUCAGUGCGGGCGCUCAGUGCGCUUGGGGUGCCGCAGGGGCGGCCAGGGCCGGUGAGCGGAGGGAGGUGGGCAGCCCCCCGGCCACAGUGAGGGGCCUGUGGAGAGAGGGACAGUCUCAGGCCUGGCUGCCAACCAGGUCAGGCCACCGUGGGGGAGGGCGCCCCGAGUCCUCGGCCCGGCGGCACACGGGGCCACAUUCAGCCCCGCCAGGCGUGGAGAAGGCGUCACUAAAACCCUGAAAUCCCUGUGGUGAGUGGUGUCUGGUUGGCUCUGGCCUGGGCGGUGGGGACCCUGGCAGGGCCACCUGGCUUCCUGCCCUCCACACCCCGCUGUGUUUCCCCAGCUCCCUGAGCAGUGACGUGGGUUCCCAGACGCUCCACACUCGCUCCUGCGGGCCUUGGUGAAGUCGGCCUUCUCUCUCUGGAGUGCUGUUCGCUGGGCGCGCUUCAUCCCUCAGGCCCUCCUAGGGGCUGUCUUUGCAGCAGGGCCACGUGUGCGCCCCCCAUUUUGGCCUGCCCGUCCCUUCAUGCGGGGACCCCCUGGGCCUAGGAGAACGGCCAGUGGCUUCAGCUGCAUUUGGGGACCUGACGAGUGCUGCUGCUCCAGGACAGGGAGCCCCUGACUUGCAGGCAGCGCCCUGACCUCAGAGGCUCUGCUGGGCCCGGGCUGGGGUCUUGGCAGGGGGUGUGGGGCGGGUGCAGCUCCACUCAGGUGCUGGCCAGCAGCUGUCCCCACUGGUCACACUGGUGACCAGGAGGGAGUGACUCCAGAGGCUGGGGUCUUCCCCUCAACGUCAGUCACUUCUCUGUUUUGAGGAGUUAGGCGUAGAAAUGCAUGGAGAACGGUGAAAAAGCUCCGUGUGUCCACCUCCCAGAACUAACAGACGUGCACAUUUUGAAUUAUGUACGUAUUUUAAUUAAAAAGAAAUGUUGCAGGAAAGUUGAAGUCCUUUCACCCCCUUUCCGUUGUCUCAGCUAAGCUGCCCACGGCACCGUCCUCACAGGGUUCUGAGCUGUAAUUUUUGUUUCUGUACGUUUUGGCGGGCACUCGUAAGACGUGUGUAUCUUGUGAGCCAACUGGGUCUCAUACACCGAGUUCCCUGCAGGCAGCUCCCCCUCCACUUUGUAAAGCCUGGCGUGUUGGCAUCCGGCUUGUCACCUCCCUCCAUGUCCCCACCCCAGCACAGACCUCCCUGAGGAGGAGUGUUCCCAGCACUGCAGGCUGCCUGCUCCCCCGGGACCCCUGUGGGGGCGGGUCCCGUGCGCCUCCUGGUGGAGUCCCCACUGUUCCCGGGACCUGGGCCUGGAGCGUGUCUUGAACUGUGUGGACGUGUGUGCAGAGGUGGGAGCCUCGUACCAUCGGUGCUGGGCCCUCUCCUUUGUCAACAGUGCUGCUGCCGACCGCGUGUUCCAGAAAUCCUAACCUUCCCCAGGCUUGAAAAACACUGUUCUGAUGGUUUUAAAGUUUUGUUUUUAA